AUGAGAUUAAUCGUCCUUUUGUUUCUAACGUAUUCUUCCGCCUAUGCCAUAUCGCUUAACACGUACUGGGAUGAAAACGAUACCGUACAACUUUCGAAAGUGCUUGAGGAUGUGUUGAAAACGAAGAAAGACAAGAUCGCUUCUCUGCACUAUGCUGUAAGUGGCCUUAAGCUUCUUAAUGUCGCACCAUCAGCUACGUUAGCGCAGGCAGUGUGUGAAGUUACUAAGAAGGCUGAUUUGAAAGUGCUUGAGACUCUAUACCAUGCGUCUGCUCUUUCUGGUGACCUGCCUAGUUGUGCCCUUAGUAAAAUUAACGAAGCACAAGCAACUAUCGAAAAUGUGUUGACCGAUUCUAAUCCUAAUGGUGAAAAGAUUACACAAGCACUACGUAGCGCAGACCGCUUGGGAAUAAAAGUGAACAAGGCCGCCUUUGAUAAACUGUUGGAAGCAUCAAUGAAAGCCGACGAUUCUCCCAAUAAUCUUGCGUGGGUCUUUAACGCAGCCUCUCUUCUCGAUAAGCUCGCUGCUGCCAAGUAUUUUGAAAAGAUUAAAAACCUUGUUUCUCAGGCUGAUGAGGUUGACAAGCGUUUUCUACAGUUUGACGGAGGGUUGUUUACAACUGCAAAUGCUAUCCAUGGAAUUUUGUCCUUGGCUGAGCUUCAAGGGAAAGUUCCUGCUAUUACCAAAGAUCAAAUGUCUCUAUUUACCAACUACCUUCUUUCGCGUAAGCAUGUCUUCACGGAGAAGUCAGCUUUUUUCCUGCUUAAUGCUCUAGGAGUUCUUGUUAAUAAUCAUCAGCUUGUUCCUGUUUCAACACUACUUGUUGGACCCAUCAUGGCUGAUCGCUCGAAGCCUUUAACAAUUACUGUUUGCAACGUGUUUGGCCUACCAGUUGUCUCGUCUAGUGUACGAGUUGACAUCACACCCGUGGGAACGACAAAGUCGAUAGUUUCAAACCUGAAGUUGACUCCAGUUAAAGGAUCUCCAAAGCUGUAUACGAUCCCAGCUGACAAGCUGCCAGUAAUGGCUGGUUUCUACAGCGUUGCUGUAAAGAUUGAUUCUGAUGACAAACGUCUAGUUGGUCUGACUGAGUCUAACAUUCUUUUUAAAAUUUCUGAUGACAUCACAGUUGACGAUCUGAAAGUUGGUGUGCUUGAAAAGGACGAGGCAAUUACUGGAACUUCACUUACAAACGUUGCACAGUUCUCAAAGUUAGGCAAGACACUUACAGCCGACUACACGAAACGUUUAUACGUUUCUUUUUCUGUUAAGAGGAAAUCAGAUGGGCAGUUGAUUAAACCCAGUCAGGCUUUCGUUUUAUUUAAACACACUGAUGGCUCUGAAGUGUUCUACACUGCAGAUUUGCAAAAUGGUGGCGGUUACGUUGUCGAUAUAUAUCUUGCCAGUGGUCAUAAGGAUUUUGAGAGCUUGUCUGGAAAAUACACGGCGUCUCUAAUUAUUGGCGAUGCACUAAUCAGAACACCUCUGAAUUGGUCGUUUGCGGAUUUUACACUCACUCUUCCUUAUGCGGCUGAAGAAGUUAUACCAAAAUCUCAGCGAAUAGUGUACAAUGCCUUGGAUGAAAUCAGGCACGCGUUCCGUCAACCCGAAAAGAGGCCGUCGGUCAUUGUCUCAGACGCUUUCACAGUGAUUUGUCUCUCACCACUAUUCUUACUUAUUGUUUUAUGGCUCCGCAUUGGAUUAAACUUUGGCAACAUGCCACUGAGUAUCUGGACAUUGUUCUUCCACGGUGGUCUCGCAGUAUUAUUCACGUUGUAUUUUGUAUUCUGGCUUCAACUCAACAUGUUCGAAACGCUGAAAUAUCUUGCUUUUAUUGGUGUUUCCACAUAUCUUUCGGGCAAUCGCGUUCUAAAGGCAAUCGCUGCUAAGAGGAACCUGACCUCUGUCAGUCCUCGACCUAUCGUCACGUGGGAUAAGGCGGAACGUAUUCGUCGAAAUGAAGAGAUCUGGGCAAACCCGGAUUCUAUUGUUCAUCGCUUACCAAAACAUUAUUGCAAACGGUACUGGGAUAAUUUAUUGCGUGACGUUGCUCCUGUGCAUUAUCGGCCACCUGCUUCUCGCUUGUACUGGGAUCCAAUAAGAAAAGUCGAAAUCGAAGCAGAGAACUACCCACUGCUCGUGAUUUACCCUCCGGAAGCUGAUGAAGGGCUAUGGGGAGGUGAAGGAGUAGUGAAAGGUUGGAAAGAAUCUCGUCCAUACACUAAAAAGAAGAUUUUACCAAGGCACUGGGUCCCUCGUCUCUAUUUCCCCGCUCUUAAAACCCAUGUACUCUAUUCAGAAAUUCUUGACAAGCACAUGAAAAUCACGGUUACGGAAAGGGCACUUCGGCUGAUUGAACAAAAUUUUGGGCUUGAUUACUAUAUUCUUCGUACUCCAGAGAUCGAUCUCGCUUCAAGACUUGGGAAUAGACUGAAGCGUGAAAUGUUGCUUACGCUUGCUAAUAAUGCAUGUUAUCCAGAUAGUGAUGAACGACGCAAUUAUAUAAUGAGGAAGUAUGCUGAAUUUGUAAUGCCUGCCGAAGAAGCUGAAUGGGUUGGGUUGGAUUUGAAUGAAGCAGCACGAAAGCAACAAGAUAUUGAAGAACAGCAGGUUUCAGAGCCACUGAAAUUCAAGUAUGAAAGAGAGCUGGUGUCUCGAUUACAUGCCGGAACGGAUUUGAUUGCAAAUGAAGAAGAAUUUAUCCCUAAGACUCAAGAAAGCAAAUUCGGUGAUCGGCUGUUAGGGAAGUUCUUCAAUCCAGUUGCAAAGCAUUUCCGAAGGUAG